AUGUAUGAAACAGGCAAGUUAGCACAAGUUACAGCCGAGAUGAGGCGUUACAACUUACACAUCCUUGGAGUAAGUGAAAGCAGAUGGACAGGUUCUGGAAGAGUAAAGACCCAGACCGGAGAGACAGUGCUGUAUUCUGGCAGAGAGGACAACCAACACCAUGAGGGAGUAGCCAUAAUCCUGAGGAAAGGAACGGAUAAGUGCCUAAUAGAGUGGAAGCCGAUCAACAGCAGACUGAUUACAGCCAGAGUGAGAGGGAGACAUGGCAACAUGACCUUGAUCCAGUGCUACGCACCAACCAACGAUGGCGAUGAUGAGGCGAAGGACACCUUUUACGAUCAAUUGCAAGCAGAAGUAAGUGCAGCACCCCAUCAUGACCUGUUGAUUGUGAUGGGCGACAUGAAUGCCAAAGUUGGGAACGACAACACCCAUGUACAGAGAACUAUGGGCAGGCAUGGUUGUGGCUGCAUGAACGAGAACGGAGAGAGGCUAGUGGAGCUAUGCACUAUGUACAACCUGGUGAUUGGAGGAACACUAUUCCCUCACCCAAACAUAAAAAUGAAACUGCGAAGUACAGGACGCAAGUCAGCAGCACACAGACGCUUUGAUGUGGAAAGGUUGCAGGACCCCAAGCUGAAGAUUGCCUUCACUCUUCAAGUGAAAAACAGAUUUCAGGCACUUGCAGACAUGACAGACAUUUGCGAGGCAGACGCAGAAAGCAUAAACCAGAGAUGGGACCUUGUGAGAACAGUGUACCAGAAAAGCAGCGAGACUAGUCUUGGACUGAGAGGAACUAAGAAGAAGGAAUGGAUAACACCAGAGACGUGGAAGGCGAUAGAGGAAAGAAGAGACCUUAAAAAGAAGGUGGCUAGCACCAGAUCUGAAAGACUGCAAGAGACAUUCAAACUAGAGUACAGAGAGAUGAACCGGAAAGUGAAGCACUCGGUGAGAUCAGACAAGCGUGCCUACCUGAACAACCUAGCAAGUGAGGCCGAAGAAGCAGCAAGAAAAGGAGAACAAGGAAAGCUGUACAAGAUCACCAAGACGAUUAGCGGCAAAUUCCACAGCACCAACAAUGCCCCAGUCAAGGACAAGGGAGGGAAGCUGCUAACGACAGAGAUAGAACAAGAAGCACGCUGGGCCGAACACUUCAGAGAGAUCCUGAACAGACCACCACCUUCCAAAGAAGCCGACAUACAAGAAGCCAUUGAGGACAUAGACUGUGAAUCAUAUGAAUACAAGAAUGUCAUCAAACGCAACCCUGAAUAA